UCUGCAUGCUCAAAGUUGAACAGGACCACACGUCCACCUUUCAAGUGGGCGAGAGUAGGUAGCCAACUACAGAAACUGGUGCUCCCCUCACAGUCUGGGCCAGAUGUCCACAGACAGUCUGAGGCAUGGGAUCUGCAUUCUUUUUCAUAAUCUCCCAGAGCUGCCUUUUGAGUUGGUGGUUUCUGUUUAAUUGUUCUUUUGCUGGGGUCCUGAAGAAGAACAAACUAUUACAGCCAUCAGGAGGCUGAAGAGAAAUUGCCUCUCUCUCUGUCUCUCUCUCUGUCUCUCUCUGUCUCUGUCUCUCUCUCUCUCUGUCUCUCUCUCUCUCUGUCUCUCUCUCUCUCUGUCUCUCUCUCUCUCUCUCACACACACACACACACACACACACACACACACACACACACACCUCUGAGUCUCUCCGAUUUUUUUUCUCGAGGGCUGCAGUCCCUCCCAAGGAGGGGACUGGCCAGCAGAUCUUCCAAGCAAACAGUUUUGUCAGGUCCCUCUGAGUGUGCAUAAGCUCAGUCAGAGAGGGAGAGAGGGAGAGGGGAUCUGUUGCAGGCAGGGGAAGGCGUGACCUGAAUGGAGAAUGCCAGCCAAUUCCAGAGACACACAGGGACCUCAGAACAAAGAUAAGACAUCGCUGACACCACCCCGGGGACGGGGACCAGCUCACAGACAAGUCCGGCAGACGGGACCAAGGCCAGGAGCACACCAGGCAGGAAAAUGAGGUUGCUCCUUCUCUACCAUGCUCUGUGCCUAGCCCUGCUGGAGGUUUCAGCCCAUACCGUGGAGCUAAAUGAAAUGUUUGGCCAGAUCCAGUCGCCUGGCUAUCCAGAUUCCUAUCCGAGUGACUCCGAGGUGACUUGGAAUAUUACUGUCCCUGAGGGGUUUCGGAUCAAGCUUUACUUCAUGCACUUCAACUUGGAAUCCUCCUAUCUUUGUGAAUAUGACUACGUGAAGGUAGAAACAGAAGAUCAGGUGUUGGCAACCUUCUGUGGGAGGGAGACCACGGACACGGAGCAGACCCCGGGCCAGGAAGUGGUUCUUUCCCCUGGCUCCUUCAUGUCCGUCACUUUCCGGUCAGAUUUCUCCAAUGAGGAACGAUUCACGGGCUUUGAUGCCCACUACAUGGCUGUAGAUGUGGAUGAAUGCAAGGAGAGGGAAGACGAAGAGCUUUCCUGUGACCACUACUGCCACAACUAUAUCGGCGGCUUCUACUGCUCCUGCCGCUUCGGCUACAUCCUCCACACGGACAACAGGACCUGCCGAGUGGAAUGCAGUGGCAAUCUCUUUACCCAGAGGACAGGCACCAUCACGAGCCCUGACUACCCCAACCCUUACCCCAAGAGCUCCGAAUGCUCCUAUACCAUCGACUUGGAGGAUGGCUUCAUGGUCAGCCUGCAGUUUGAGGACAUUUUUGACGUUGAGGACCAUCCUGAGGUGCCCUGUCCAUAUGACUACAUUAAGAUUAAAGCUGGUUCAAGAGUCUGGGGGCCCUUCUGUGGAGAGACAUCCCCAGAGCCAAUCAGUACCGAGAGUCACAUUGUCCAGAUCCUCUUCCGCAGCGACAACUCGGGAGAGAACCGAGGCUGGAGGCUUUCCUACAGGGCAGCAGGAAAUGAGUGCCCAAAGCUCCAGCCUCCUGCAUUUGGGAAAAUCGAGCCCUUGCAAGCCGUGUAUUCCUUCAAAGACCAGGUGCUCAUCAGCUGUGACACCGGCUACAAAGUGCUAAAGGAUAAUGAGAUGAUGGACACGUUCCAGAUUGAAUGUCUGAAGGACGGCACAUGGAGUAACAAGAUUCCCACCUGUAAAAUUGUAGACUGUGGGGUCCCAGUGGGGUUGAAGCAUGGACUGGUGACCUUCUCCACAAGAAACAACCUCACGACAUACAAAUCCGAGAUAAGGUACUCCUGCCGGCAGCCCUUUUACAAGAUGCUUCACAAUAUCACAGGUGUAUAUACGUGUUCUGCACACGGGGUCUGGAUGAAUGAAGUGCUCAAGAGAAGCCUGCCCACCUGCCUUCCAGUGUGUGGGCAGCCCUCCCGGCCCCUGCCAAACCUGGUGAAGAGGAUUAUCGGAGGCCGGAACGCUGAGCUUGGCCUCUUCCCGUGGCAGGCCCUGAUCGUGGUGGAGGACACAUCAAGGGUACCCAACGACAAGUGGUUUGGCAGUGGGGCCCUGCUCUCUGAAUCCUGGAUACUCACAGCAGCCCACGUGCUGCGCUCCCAGCGCAGAGACAACACAGUCAUCCCUGUCUCAAAGGAACAUGUCACCGUCUUCUUGGGUCUACAUGACGUGCGGGACAAAUCAGGAGCCGUCAACAGCUCUGCUGCCCGAGUGGUACUCCAUCCAGACUUCAACAUCCAGAACUACAACCAUGACAUAGCGCUGGUAGAGCUGCAGGAGCCUGUGCCCUUGGGGGCCCACGUCAUGCCCAUCUGUCUACCGAGACCUGAGCCUGAAGGUCCAGCCCCUCAUAUGUUGGGGCUGGUGGCUGGCUGGGGCAUCUCUAAUCCUAAUGUGACGGUGGAUGAGAUCAUCAGCAGUGGCACGCGAACCUUGUCAGAUGUGCUACAGUACGUCAAAUUACCUGUGGUGUCACAUGCUGAAUGCAAAGCCAGCUAUGAAUCUCGCUCAGGCAACUACAGUGUCACAGAGAACAUGUUCUGUGCUGGCUACUAUGAGGGCGGCAAGGACACGUGCCUUGGGGAUAGUGGUGGGGCCUUCGUCAUCUUCGAUGAGUUGAACCAGCACUGGGUGGCCCAAGGCCUGGUGUCCUGGGGAGGACCUGAAGAAUGUGGUAGCAAGCAAGUAUAUGGAGUCUACACAAAGGUCUCCAACUAUGUGGACUGGGUGUGGGAGGAGAUGAACUCCCCAAGGGGUGUUGGGGAGCUUCGGGUGGAACGGUGAAUGCAUUGACUUCCUCGGGGCCUGCCUCCCCUGCCCCAGAUCAAGCGAGGUUACACUACACACUGCCAACAGCAUACUCCAUGUUACCAGACCAAAUAACAUACAACACACUGACCUAGCUCCUGAGAUAGCCGCCCAUCCCCCAAGACAGGGGUUAGUGUGGUACAGGGAAAGUCUCUAGGCAGGAGAACUCAGUCCAAAGCUUCGACCAAGCCUCUUCCUCCCCCUUAGCCUCACCUCUCCAGCAGUACAGGGGAAGCUGUUCCAGAAGGCUUCAAUCCUCGGUGUCAAUCACUCCUUAUCACUUGCCAAGCCCAGGAAGCGCAGUAUCGAUGUCAGAAUGCUUGGACCUGAUCCUUAGGAAAGGAUUACACUCAGCUCAAGUCUGUAUCUGUGUAUUUGCCCAGCUCUGGUUUCUGGGCCUGCCCUAAGCCUAGUUCUUCAUGUAGGAAGGAACCAUUCAGGGUCGGGGGAGCAAGAUGUGAGCCUGAGCUGGCUCUCAGAGUGCAGUACCUUGGAACACUUCCGUUCUUGGAAUUUCUCCUAAGCGCUUCCUGCCGUGCGAGGCUUAUGCUUGGUGCUCUCAGAGUUUCAAACAACCGAGAGGACACGGUGAGGGCUGUACUGACUGAAGGGGGAAUAAAAACAACUCUCCGAAGCCCCUUAAACGCCUGCUGCCCACUCAGAGUACACUGGGCCUAUGUGCCCCUCAAAUACCGGCCGGCACCGUACGGUGUCAACACCUGCCACUCCACACAAACACAGAGCAACCUUCCAGCCCUGGAAUGUUUCAUCUCUAGACUUCCUGCCCCCAAGACACACGUACGGAGACCGGGCAACUAUUUGGAGAAAGAGAAGACUCUGCCCCGCUGUGCCCCAUUGCUUCUCGGCAGGAAAACAGAAGAAAAUAUGGACUCAAGACACGAUGAAUCACUCUAAUACUGCACUCAACCCUGGAGCCUGAACCCAGCAGAGAAUCUACCAAGUAGCAUUCUCCAAGCCAUCCACUCCUUGGUGCUCCAGGGACCAAGGUCAGAGAAGCACAAGGCUCACUCAUUGGAAAGAGAUAGAGAGCCCUGAGUCUUGGGUUCUGUCUCUAGCUCUACCUUUCAGCUGCCCAUGUGACCCUUGACAUCAUUUUCCCCUCUGAGCCUCAUCCUCAUCUGGAGGGUGAAGGCAGAAGAUCCGGUGGGGUCUGUCCAGCACUCUCAGUGGCCACCUCCCUGGUUGCUAACGGCAUUCCUGGCUCAGAUUCUCCUGGUUGAAUUCUCUCCUUUCCCCGAGUUCACAAUCCCAGGAAUCUCCAUCCGACAAAGGCAGCUGGAAAAAGACCCAGAGAGGGAUGUGGAGAGAACUGGGAAAGGUCAAUCAAAACACACUCCUGUAUCUAUGAAUGGCACAUGUAAAGGCUACUACUAUAUUUUGUAUAUUUAAUACCACAGGCUCUGCUACUCUCUAAGGGGCCUCUGCGCCGGUUCCCUUGUCGGGGGUCUCCGGUGGCAAUAAAUCUGUGGAUAACCAAUA